GUCGCAUGCAAUGCUUAUCAAUCUAUGAUAGCAGUAUAAAGUCGAAGCAGUAUCAGAGGUGGCUCAAUCGCAGUAAGUUGGCGGCAAGCUGGCGGCAAGCGUAUAUACAAUAGUCGUGGACACAAUGAUGAAGCUGAAGCAACCAUGCAAGGGUGUUCGGCUGUACCCUGCGUGGUUCUGGGCAACAUAGUUCCGCCGAUUCCGGCCUCCAUUUAGUGGACCUUAGGACAUCAUACCCCGCCAUGUUACCCCAACUCGAUUGCGCAAGAGCUAAUGGUCCAAUUGCAUUGCUGGUAGAUGACUACGGAACUAGAAUUCUAAAGCCUUGAAUAACCUCCUCUUCUUCCCCGCCAUCACAGCCUCGUCGCGCCUCUGCUUCCUCUUGCUCUGAACCUUUCCAACAGGAGAGCUAUUCAUGAAACUUCAACGAAGCUCUCCCAUUCUCUCCAGCUUUCUUGCAUUGAGAAACAACAAACAUACACAAACUACGCACCUGGCUGUGAGAAGCUUCAGCAAUACGAUGGACAACAGAGCGAAGCUGCUACCUGCGGCUAGGGUCUCCAAUAACAGACAAGAUGUGUGGACAAUUGUGAAUGAGGCUGCUGCCGCGUCUCCAAAGCAGCCAAUUGUCAACAUGGGGCAGGGCUUCUUCGGAUACAACCCCCCCAAGUUCAUUACAGAUGCUGCCAAAGCUUCCCUGGAUAGAGUCGAGUGCAACCAAUACUCCCCCACGACAGGUCGUCCAUCUCUGAAGAAGGCACUCGCCGAUGCCUACUCUCCCUUCUGGGGCAGAGAAAUCGACCCUGUCACUGAGGUCACAAUCACCACUGGUGCAAAUGAGGGCAUGCUGAGUGCCUUCAUGGGCUUCAUCGAGCCAGGAGACGAGGUCAUCGUAUUCGAGCCCUUCUUCGACCAAUACAUCAGCAACAUCGCCAUGCCCGGCGGAAAGGUCGUAUAUGUCCCCCUCCACCCACCUGUAAACGGUGCCACCGAGACCUCCUCAGCAGGAGAAUGGUCGAUCGACUUCGACGAGCUCAAGGCCGCCGUAACUUCCAAGACCAAGAUGAUCGUCCUCAACACCCCCCACAACCCCGUCGGCAAAGUCUUCUCCAAAGACGAGCUCCUCAAGAUCGGCCAGCUGUGCGUCGAGAACAACAUCAUCAUCCUCUCCGACGAAGUCUACGACCGCCUCUUCUACGUCCCAUUCACCCGCAUCGCCACUCUCUCCCCCGAAAUCGAGCGCCUAACUCUCACCGUCGGCUCAGCAGGCAAGAACUUCUACGCCACAGGCUGGCGCGUCGGCUGGCUCAUCGGUCAACCCCACCUCAUCAAGUACGUCGCCGCAGCCCACACCCGUAUCUGCUACAGUUCCGUGUCUCCCCUCCAAGAGGCCUGCGCCAUCGGCUUCAACGAGGCCGACAAGAACGGGUUCUGGACCGAAGCCAAGGCCGAGAUGAAGGCCAAGAUGGAUCGCUUCAAUGAGAUCUGGCCCGAGCUUGGCCUACCUUACUCUGAGCCCGAGGGCGGUUACUUCGUUCUCGUCAACUUCAGCAAGGUCAAGCUGCCGGAGGAUUACCCCUUCCCUGCCCAUGUUGCGAACAGGCCGCGGGACUUCAAGCUCUGCUGGUUUUUGAUCCAGGAGGUGGGCGUAGCGGCGAUUCCACCGACGGAGUUUUAUACUGAGCAGAAUGCACACUUGGCGGAGGAUUAUCUGAGAUUCGCGGUUUGCAAGAAUGAUGAUGUUUUGGACACGGCUAAGGAGAGACUGAGGGGUCUGAAGAAGUACAUCCAGUAGAUUGUGAUAGAUAUGUGUGCUUGGUAGCUAGCGAUUAGAAGAAUUAAAGGCGUCGGCCAUAUAAACUUGAGUUCUUAUAUAUUUGUUUCAAGCGGACCGCUGAUAUCCAUAUCCUAC